UUUUUCCUUCUCCAUGCUAAAACAGACUUGUUCUCUAGAACAGUGAGCUUGUUGGUAAUCAGUGCAGACUAAUCAUUCUUCACACACUAUCAUAUGGAGGGAAGAGGGAGAAUCUAUGCCAGGAUUUCAAUGACCUGAGCUAAUUAAUGUAUUAUAGAAGAAUAUCUGUACCCUAUAUUAAGAUAAGUACAAAAUACUCUGUAAGGCUUAACAUCAUAGUACUAACCAUUCAUGGAUUUAUUAUGCAUUGUAUGUGUAGAAAGGAAGUGAUAUGAAUGAUGAACAGUUACUCAUGUUCAUAAUUAACCACAUAAACAUGAUACUGAGUCAGUCCAAUAACCACUAGGCCAAUAGUUUCUUCUUUGAUAUUGGCACCAGAGAUGUCUGGUGUUAAUUGCUCUCCGUAAUCUGGAGUAGUCUAAUAGUCUUUUUCAAGAUUCAAAACUUUACAAGAGUGUUUUUUGUAAAAUUAUUGGAAAAAAAUGAAAAAUACAGAAACGUAUAAAGAAGGUACUCUUGGUAGGAUGCUAGUCCCCCAUUAUUUGGAUGUAAAAUUAUUUCUGAUUAUUUCUUCUGAAAAAUAUCUUUGUAUACAAAUCUUUGCCUCUGAAUAUUUCCUGAAAAUAGGUUCUAAGAAGGGACAGUUUCAAGUUAAAGGGUGUGAACUCUUAUAAGGCUCUUGCUACAUAUUCACAUAUUUUUCUAGAAAGUUUGUACCAAGUUACACUCCCUACGACAUGCUCCUUCAUUCUGUCACCAGUCUUGCCUAUUUUGAAAUGCCAAGAAUAGUGUUUUGUUUUCAUUUGAAUUUUUAAAUUUCUGCUGAAUUUGUCCUCUGUCAUGUGCUUAUUGAACACUUGAACAUUUUUUUAAAUUGAAGUAUAGUUGAUUUUGAACAUUAUUUUUGUAUUCUUAGGCUAUUUUUUCUAUUAAAGUGUAUUUAUGAUUUAUAAGCGUUUUUAUUGUGUAUCAAUUAUCUUACCUUUUUUCAUAUAUAUUUCAGAGUGUCUUUUCUUUCUGAUUUGUAAGUAGCCUGUGAAUUGCUCCCUUCCUACAGGCUUAAUCAAUUAAUUCUACACAGGAAGACUGAUGUGGCUGUGAACACAUUUUAUAUCCUUAAAUGUCUUGUUGUAACAUAGAGUAUCAAGCCUUAAACCAGUGAUUCUCAAACUUUAGUGUGAAUAGAAUCACUUUGGAGGUAUGUUUAAAAUGCAUAUUAUCAGAUUAUUCAGUGAGUCUGACCUGGGGUCCAGGGAUCUUCAUUUUUAAAAAUUCAAUAUUUCGAUAUUGUUAAUAAAGAGACCACCCUUUGAGAAACACUGUUUUAAGCCCUUUAGCCUGGCAUGCAAGAAUUUUGGAUGAUCUGUUCCCAGCUUAUUUAUUUGCAUAUGUUCCCCUAUGUGAAAAUUGCUCUUGCUGAAAUUGUCUACUUACUAUUUCCUAAGUAACAUGUAGACAAACUCAUCUCUAAGCCAUUCUGGCUAAAAGUACUCUAUAAAUGUAAGAUGGUAGUAUGCCAUUUUUCUCUCUUGGCAUUUCUUCUACUUCCCACUUUGUCCAAAUCCUGAUUUCCCUUUAAGAUGCAACUCUUCCCUUCUUUUUCAUGAAAUCUUCCCUGACCAUUUUAAGCAUUUUGAGUUUUUUCUCCUCUCUGACCCUAAGCACUCAUAUCCAGGCUUUCGGCAUUUCCUGCAUUGUUGAGUUUUGUUUUAUUUUUGUGUGAGUAAUCUCAAAUUGAACAAUUAUUUGUUGGCAGGGAUUUUGCCUCAUAUGUAUUUUUUAUCUUCCACAGGACCUGUGUGGAAAUAAAAACGAAUGCCCAUAGCCUCAUUAGUCUUGGCUGUUUUGAAGAACUACAGUGAAAUAUUCACUGGACAUUCAGUGAAUAUUUUUAGAAAUUAAAUCAAUCUGUUCAUCCUGUUCACUCUGUCCAUAUAGCCUUUAUAAUUCUGUAGACUUUGUUUAUAUAAUCUCUAAGCCUUGGUUGUUGUAGGUUGAAGAGGUCCUCAUCUUUUUAGUUUAUCCUCAUGGUAUUACUUCACCCCAUGUUUGUUAUUCUAUAGAUUAUUUAUGGAUUAUCAGCAGCUCUAAUUUCAUGCACUAGUCCAGCUAAGGAUUAUUAGUGUUAGAGUUUUCCGAUAAAUUUUAGACUUUUAUGGGAAGGAUGCCUUACAGAAUUAAACAGAUGCCCUUUAGAGUAUGGUAAUUUCUAGUUUGACGUAUUGUAGGUCUCUCCCUUAACGGUUCCAAGCAACUGAUCAGAUCCCUGACUUAGACCCAGAUUUAGACCCUAAUAUCCUGAGUUGUUUCUCCAAUGGCUAGAACUUAAGGCUGACACUGGAGAAAGGGGGUUUCUGCAUCUCCCCAGCCUGGAUUUGAUCCCAGCCCUGUUGAGUAGCAGUUUUAGAGAUGCUUCUCCUUUAUUUCUGCGUAAACCAGCCUCCUGAGAAAAAGAAUGACAACAUAUUCUGGGAAAAAGGAAGAGGUCAGUGAGGGCAGUCUAGUCAACAUCUGUCACUCCAUUGCUUGUCAGGAUUAUUUUAGCUGAUGUGUCUGACUGGGCAGGUGUCCCCUCUCUCCCUCAGUGCUCCAUGUGCAUCCCUCUUGAAGCUUCGCACUCUGUUGAAGAGGACACUCAUCCCAGGUAGAGAGGGGGACGGGAAACUGGGUCAGUUGAAUCUGUCUUUUUCUUUCCAUCAGAUCAAGGCUGCUUAACUGGAAUCCAUUGACUUCCUGAGGUCCAUGACCUCUGAAAUUCCUUGCCAAGUUUUGUUCACGCAUUUGUGCGUUUCUUAGGGGAGAGGGUCCAUAUCUCUCAAUCAGAUUUUCAAAGGGCUCUGUAGAUUCAGAAGUUAAGCACUGUGGCACCAGAUGAUGCUGUUUUCCCUGAAUUCUUGUUUAUUUCACAAGCAGGAAUGACAGGAAAUUCAAAAUGCAAAGGGAAGUAGGGGGUUGGGAAAUCCUAAGCAAGCAAUUACAAGAACCUUUUCUCAUUUGAGGGGGAUAUAUUUUAGAUAUUUUUGGCACAUGAAGCAGCCUUCAAAAGCUGUGUUGUCUAUUUCUCAAAGAGAUACAGGAAGCUCGAAAUAAAAAGAGGAGAGGAGAUGGAAUAGGUGGUGUGUAUAAUAAUACUGGCACAUACAAUAGGAUUUAGAAUGUGCUCUUACAACCAUGGCAAAUCGUUUUCCUUCUAGGGAUCUCAGUUUAGUCAUCUGUAAAAUGAAAGGCCUGAAAUAUAUUUAAGAUUCCUUUUAGCUCUAAUACACCUUUCAUGAGAGAGCUCUGUGUGCCAGAGAUACCUAACUUACAUGAAGAAGGAAAGGAAUCCUGUUUUGCCUGCCUCAUAUUGUGUGUGGCUCUGAAAAAAGGAAGAGAGGUUAGUUACAGAUGCAUAUAUCAUAAGACUGAUGAAUUUCAGAAGAGCAGUUUUGUGAAGUUUUGGUCUUUCACCAGAAGGUAAAGGGACACUUAAUCAAGUAAACACUGAAUAUGUUGAAUGAUUUGACCCAAGCUUUGUUCCUUGAUAGCAGUAUAUAUUAAUAGAGAUAUAUGUACCCAUUUGCUUGUUGGUUAAAGUAAAAUUAUUUCUUAAGUUUUGUGAGUUAAAUAUAAAUUCUAAUUCAUCAAUUUGUAUUUUUUUCUUUUAUUGAGUUAGGUGUUUAAACCAGGAAUUCUUGAGAGAAUGUUUUAUUUUAACCACGUUAUUCUAGAAUGAGAGUAAUUUUAAAUCCUUUAAUGUGUUUGCAGUCAUUAUUUAGAAGCCAGGUCCUUGAAUGAGAGAGAUUAUCGGGACCGGAGAUACAUUGAUGAAUACAGAAAUGACUACUGCGAAAGAUAUGUUCCUAGACGUUAUCACAGAGACGUUGAAAGCGGUUAUCGAAUCCACUGCAGUAACUCUUCAGUCCGAAGCAGGAGAAGCAGUCCUAAAAGGAAGCGUAAUAGACACUGUUCAAGUAAUCAGUCACGUUCGAUGAAAUCGUGGACACUUUGGGAGAAGGGGCCUUUGGCAAAGUUGUGGAGUGCGUUGAUCAUGGCAUGAUCUCUCUUCUGUGGUUGCACGUUUUUUUGGAUGGCAUACAUGUAGCAGUGAAAAUCAUAAAAAAUGUGGGACGAUAUCGUGAAGCAGCUCGUUCAGAAAUCCAAGUAUUAGAGCAUUUAAAUAGUACUGAUCCUAAUAGCAUCUUCCGAUGUGUCCAGAUGCUAGAAUGGUUUGAUCAUCAUGGUCAUGUUUGUAUUGUGUUUGAACUCCUGGGACUUAGUACCUAUGAUUUCAUUAAAGAAAAUAGCUUUCUGCCAUUUCAAAUUGACCAUAUCAGGCAAAUGGCAUAUCAGAUCUGUCAGUCAAUAAAUUUUUUGCAUCAUAAUAAAUUAACCCAUACAGAUCUGAAGCCUGAAAAUAUUUUAUUUGUGAAGUCUGACUAUGUAGUCAAGUAUAAUUUGAAAAUGAAACGUGAUGAACGCACACUGAAAAACACAGAUAUCAAAGUUGUUGAUUUUGGAAGUGCAACAUACAAUGAUGAACAUCAUAGUACUUUGGUAUCUACACGGCAUUACAGAGCUCCAGAGGUCAUUUUGGCUUUAGGUUGGUCUCAGCCUUGUGAUGUUUGGAGCAUAGGUUGCAUUCUUAUUGAAUAUUACCUUGGUUUCACAGUCUUUCAGACUCAUGAUAGUAAAGAGCACCUGGCAAUGAUGGAACGUAUAUUAGGACCCAUACCAACACACAUGAUUCAGAAAACAAGGAAACACAAGUAUUUUCAUCAUAAUCAGUUAGAUUGGGAUGAACAUAGUUCUGCUGGUAGAUAUGUUAGGAGACGCUGCAAACCAUUAAAGGAAUUUAUGCUUUGUCAUGAUGAAGAACAUGAGAAACUGUUUGACCUGGUUCGAAGAAUGUUAGAAUAUGAUCCAGUGAAAAGAAUAACCUUGGAUAAAGCAUUGCAGCAUCCUUUCUUUGACUUAUUAAAAAAGAAAUGAAAUGGAAAUCAGUGGUCUUACUAUACUUCUCUAGAAGAGAUUAUUUAAGACUGUGUCAGUCAACUCUAAACAUUCUAAUAUUUUUGUAAACCUUAAAUUAUUUUGUACAGUUAAGUGUAAAUGCUGUAUGUUUUGUAUCAAUUGCAUAAUUAUCUUGUUAAGCAAAUACGGUCUUGAUAAUGAAUGAAAUAUAAAAGCUAAAAUUAAUUUUCCUUUUUUGAGAUUAAUUACCAUUUUUAAAGACCUUUGGAAUAUCCUUUGUGUCCAGCGAUAAAUGUGAUUGAUCUUGCCUUUUGUACAUGGAGGUUGACUCUUGGAAGUGAUUUUUGUCUUUCGUUUUUUGGUUUUUUUUUUUGAGUAAAAGGAAAUCUUGACUACUUCAUUCUUAAAUGAAUAUUCUUUAUAUACCUCAAACUUUUCUUAACUUGAAAAGUUUUUUCUGUAAUUGUUGAACAGGUAAUAAGUAUUAUUAACUCUAGGUAGGCAGGUAUUAGAAACCAAAACCCAUAGGAACUGUUUGCUGUUGGAAUUUCAUUAAAUUGUAAGUAUUGUGUUCUGUUUCA